UUAGAAACAAAACACACAGACAAGAGGCAUCAAAUAUUUUGCUUGUAUUAAACAGUGAGUUGUGAGUUUUACAUUGUUGUAAAUUGAAGUAAAUGAAGUAAAUUGAAAAUGUAGUGCAGGAAAUCUGAACGUCGCCUAUGAUACAAAAUAUUAACUAGUAACUAUGGCUGACUAUGAGUUUGGUGACAUUUUAACUUGUUCUGAGAAAUAAAAAAUCAAACCUAAAAAAAAAAAAAUCAUGGUUCAAUGUCUGUGUUUUAAAGAACAGGACUUUACUCAAAAAACAAAAAAAGAAGUAUGAAUAAUCUUUUGAGGGGUCGCCAAACAAUAAACAAAAAAGAAAAAAAUCAUUUACUGUGUGUGUGUCCUGUACCGGAUGUCAUCUUACCCGCUUUGUGAGGCUAUAUACACUGCUGCUGUCUGUACAGCGGACAUCAGCAAACAAACGGUAAAGGAUACUCAACAGGUCGAAUCAAACAGCAUCAGUCAGCCUGUCAGUCAACACCAGAUGAGAUCUGUGAGUAUUUCAAUUUAAAAAUUAAUAUUUCUCCAAUUUCAACCAGUUAUAGUGCACAUCAUUCAUUUACAAUGUAAUUAUUAAAGGAUGCAUUGUUCUUUAUUAUUCAUGUUACAGUUUAUCUGAACAAAGUUUUCUGGACUGCUUAUGUAAGAAAAAUGAAACACACAUAUUAGAAUUGUUGUGUGCAAUAGAAUACUACAAUUAUGUAAUUAUUGAGAAGUUGUUUUUAAUUUACAAGUUACAUUAAGACUGUUUUCAAAGACAAUGUAGAUGCUCACAGAAAUAAAAAAGAGUUUUUGUUCCACAUGAAAGUGAUCAAAUCAAUUUCAAGAUAUUCGAUAAGUGUCACUAUAUACAAAUACUUCAGCACUUUACAGUAAAGAUGAAGAUUGAGUCAUUUCAAGUCUAAAAGUUGUUUUGAACCUAAAUCUAACAAAAUCCAAUUGUUGUAUUUCCAAAGCAGCAAUGCACCUUCACACAGUGAUGAUGAAGAUCUGUGUCGUCGUUCUUCUGUUUGUUGGUAACUUUAUUUAAUUUCUUCCCAAGAUAAUAUAUAUAAAUAAUUAUUAGAUUUGUUUGAAGUGUAAAUCUAAAUGUUAUACUGAUGCAUCCAUGAUAUUUUUCAGCCUCAGGUAAAGGACAAACAACCACAGCAACCCCAACAACAACCACUGCAGCAGAGACAACUACAACAGCAGCAACAACCAUGGCUACAGCAACAACAAUUACAACUGCUCCAACAACAACCACCGAAGACCCAGCAACCACCACAACAGCAAUGACAGAUACUGCGACCACUACAGCAUCCCCAACAAUAACUAAAACUGCCCCAACAACCACCACAACAGCAACAACAACCACCACAACAGCAACAACAACCACCACAGCAGCAACAACAACCACCACAACAGCAACACCAACCACCACAGCAGCAACAACAAGCACAGGAAACCCAACAACAACUACAACUGCCCCAGCAACCACCACAACAGCAAUGACAGAUACUGCGACUACCACAGCAUCCCCAACAACAACUAAAACUGCCCCAACAACCACCACAGCAGCAACAACAACCACAAUAGCAGCAACAACAAGCACAGGAAACCCAGCAACAACUACAACGGCCCCAACAACCACCACAGCAGCAACAACAAGCAAAGGAGACUUAACAACAACCACUGCAGCUGCAACAACUGCAACAGCAGCAACAACCACAGCAACCCCAACAAAAACCACUGCAGCAGAGACAACUACAACAGCAGCAACAACCAUGGCUAUAGAAACAACAACUGCAACUACUCCCACAACCAUCAAAGCCCCAGCAACCACCACAACAGCAAUGACAGAUACUGCGACUACCACAGCAUCCCCAACAGGAGACCCAACAACAACCACUGCAGCCGCAACAACUGCAACAGCAGCAACAACCAUGGCUGCAGCAACAACAAUUACAACUGCUCCAACCACCACAACAGCAAUGACAGAUACUGCGACGACCACAGCAGAUCUAACAGCAGCUACAGCUGCCCCAACAAGCAACACAACUGCCCCAACAAGCACCACAACUGCCCCAACAAGCACCACAUGCUCUGCAGUCAUCUACAAAACCAGUUUCCCCGUCGUCAUAGCAAUUGUUACAGCUGUUCUUUGGAAUUAACAACUGGACGGGAACAAGGGACUAAAUAUCAUCAACCCUUUGGGACUGUAUAUAUUAUGUAUUAAGAGACUGAAGAAUAUAACUUAUCAUAUUUAUAUCUGUGAUUCUGUAUUGCAUGUGCUCAUGGUAGUCUUCAUUUGGAUGUGCAUGAUAAUAGAGAAUUUAAAGUAGAGAAAGUUUAAACAAAGAUUGUAUUUGUCGUUUAAACUUCUGUAAACCACUGUUGGUGUUGGCAAGUUUUUAUUCAGCUUUGUUUACCCUUGUUCGUCUUACAGUUGUACUUUACAAUAUGUUGGAAAGUUGCAAUAAAUAUCAAUGCAAUAUGUUGAGUCUUGAGGCAUUGCCAGCCUUUAAAUCUCAUUCAUAAAAGCUUUAUGAGGCAUAGAUUCCCACUAGUUCCCACUUUAGAUGAGCUCACAAAAUACUUAAUUAACGAGUAGUAAGGGCUUUGGAACUGCCUGAAUUCAUGAAUUCCUGCAUUAAUAACCGUUUAUAGGUCACCCAAUGUAAAUGGAAUUUGAGAGUUUUUAUAAAACAUCUACUUACACACACUCACUAAGCAUUAGUACAGAAUAAGUAAAACAUUUAUAACUAUGAUUAUAAACCAUAUACUAAUGAGUGUUUACAUCAGAAACAUGCUUUAUAAAUGAUGAAUUCAGCAUUUACUAAUCCAUAACUACUGUGCUUAUCAAUGAUGAGUAAAACAUUUAGAACUGUGUUUAUAAACUACAUACUAAUGAGUAUUCAUGCGUUAUAAAUGAUGAAUUCACUAUAUAUUAAUACUUAACUAAUGCUUAAUAGUGUGCACUCAUUAUAAAGUGUUCAGUUUGAGGUUAGCAGUUUCUGGUCUGAAAGAAAAAAAUUUGGCUCACAUAAUAAUAAAUAAACUUAAAUACACUAUUUUGUAAAAGAAACAAUAAAUGCAAAAGAAUAUACAAAUGAAUAUAAACAGUUUGAUCAUUGCUUUCUGUGAUUAUCAGUGUAUUUUAUCAAUGUAAUGAUGUUGAUGACUUUCAACUGCGUAUAUGGAUUCAUAUUACUGCUGCAUUGCUUUAUGUUGCAGCACCGCUGUCCUCUGAGAUAGAUAGAUAGAUAGAUAGAUACAUAGAUAGAUAGAUGCGUGUUUUGUGUUUUAACAACGUUUCGCUUAAGAGUUAUUGA